AUGAGUUUCCAUUUACCUAAAGAUAUUAGCUCCCGAGCACUUUGUGACUUGCCAUUCACUGUCUACCAUGGCACUUUGGUUCAUACACCAGAGCUCGAUGUUCUGGAGACGAUUCCCAAUGCAAGGGUCGGUGUUGAUCCAACAGGAACCAUUGUGUAUAUCAAAAAAGGACGGCUCGAUUGUUCAAUCAAAGAAGAAGCCUUGAAGUAUGAUAAUGAGCUUGCUAAUAUUGCUGUUGUAGAUAUCAGCUCAUCGGGAUUUUCUAAAUUUUUCAUUCCUGGGUUUAUCGAUACGCACAUUCAUGCUCCUCAAUACCCUAAUUGCGGUGUCUUUGGGAAUUCCACACUUUUUUCAUGGUUGAUCAAAUACACUUAUCCCGUGGAAAUGGCACUAGAAGAUCCACAUAAAGCUCAAUCUGUGUACAAAAAAGUUGUGAAGAAAACCCUAGCCAAUGGAACUACCUGUUGCGCGUACUACGCAACUAUUCAUUCACAGUCAACAAAUAUCUUGGCAGAUUGUGCUUAUGAGCUUGGUCAGAGGGCUUUCAUUGGAAGAAGUUGUAUGGACUGUGCUCGCAAAGAAUAUACCGAUGAAGGAUUUGAGGGAGGAGUUAAGUCAACAAUGAAAGUCAUAGAGCAUAUCAGCAAAAGAGAUCCGGGCUAUGAUCUCAUAAAGCCAAUCCUAAGUCCACGUAACGCCAACAAGUGCACCAGAGAAUACAUGAAGUGGCUAGCGGAACAAAGCGAGAAACUAUCAAUUCCAAUUCAGGCACAUCUGAGUGAAACGGAGGAUGAGGUCGAGGGAAUUUUGCAAAUGUUUCCUGAAUGCAAGACCUACGCUGGGAUCUACGACUCUCAGAACUUGCUCAAUGAAAGCACAAUUCUAGGUCAUUGUGUAUUUAUAUCAGACGAAGAAUUGGCACUAAUCAAUGAAAGGAAAAGCUCAAUCUCGCAUUGUCCUACUUCUAAUAGCUGUUUGACAUCAGGCGAAGCAAGAGUUCGGUGGAUGCUCGAUCACAACUCCAAAGUCGGAUUAGGCACAGACGUCUCUGGUGGGUUUUCUCCUUCGAUACUCACGACUGCCAGACAUGCGGUGCUCGUAUCUCGUCAUGUUGCUAUGAAGACCAGAUCUGAUCAUGAUAAGCUUUCUGUUAAUGAGUCUCUAUACCUGGCUACUUUAGGUGGUGCGAAAGUUAUUGGUGAGGAGGAAAAGCUUGGUUCGUUUGCAGUCGGAAAGAAAUGGGAAUGCCAAUUGAUUGACCUCGACGUUGAGGACUCUCCAAUCGACUUGUUUGACUUUUUGAAUCCAUCAAUUUCAGGAAUCAUGCAAAAAGAUGAGGAAGAUCUCCGCAAAUUUCAAGAUCUAAUCGAUAAAUGGGUUUUCAACGGAGACGAUAGAAAUGUCAGAAAGGUCUUCGUGAAUGGAAGAUGUGUAAUCGAUAAAGAUUGA